AUUUUCCUUCGUCUACCUUCCAGCCCGCUACUCCCCACCUCGUCACGCCUUCCCUUCGACCCCUUUCCAACUACACCGUCAAGAUCGCAGACUUUCGGCCUCGCCCGCGAGACGCACUCGAAGCGGCCGUACACAAACUACGUUUCAACGCGGUGGUACCGCGCUCCAGAGGUGCUGCUCAGAGCCGGUGCUUACUCUGCCCCUGUCGAUAUGUGGGCUGUGGGCGCCAUGGCCGUCGAAAUAGCUACCUUGAAGCCCCUUUUCCCCGGCAAGAACGAGAUCGACCAAGUCUGGCGCGUGUGCGAGAUCAUGGGCUCGCCUGGCAACUGGUACAGCAAGAACGGUGCCAGAGUCGGCGGUGGUGAAUGGCGAGACGGAAUCAAACUCGCCCAACGGUUAGGUUUCUCGUUCCCAAAAAUGGCUCCCCAUGCACUGGAGACAAUUCUCCCUACCACCCACUGGCCGCUUGCUCUCAGCCAGUUUGUGACAUGGUGUCUUAUGUGGGACCCCAAGGCCCGUCCCACCUCGACUCAGGCCCUCAAUCAUGAAUACUUCACUGAUGCCGUCGAUCCGCUACGGCCCAAGUCGUCCACGGCUCGUCUCCUCGGCCGCCGACAGAGCGACAAGAACUUCAAAGUCAAGGAUCUCGAUGCCCCCACGCCCACGCUGGUCUCCAAGCCAUCGUGGUUCAGACGGUCGAUUAUCGGUGCUACUGGACGAGAGAGCCCGGCCCUGGCCAACAUGGCUGAGAACAACGCAUCGGAGACUUCCACCACAACUGAACAGCAGGCUACCAUGGUAAAGGUCAGCCCAGAGGUCGCUGUACAGGUACAGGUCAAAACGAAAUCGAAGCGUGCGACCUGGGCAAACGGUGCUCCCAUGCCAAUCCUUCCGUCCAUACGGCCUGUAUCACCUCUCUCCAAUGCCGUCACAGCCCAGGGUAACUCCCAUGCGAACAACAGCGCUUGUCCAGAGAAAAAGGAUACCAGCCAGACCAGCACACAACAGCAGGCCAACCCGGCUGCGUCCAAGAAGGUCUCUCGACAGCUGUCUGUCAACAGCAAUGGGAACCACUACUCAGACGCCCAUCGAGCAGAGGCCGAGCGUGCUCUCAACGGAUCCACAGCCACUACACCCACCCAAAAGGAAAGUUUCUUCUCUCAUCUACGGAAACGGGCUCGCCGGCUAUCUGGAAGGAAUCAGACUACUAUCCCAGCAGACGACGUGGAGGCAAACGCUGCCAGUGCCGCCUGGUCUGGUCCUACAUCUAACCGCUCGAGCAUGGCCAUUGAUCCCGUCACCACCAGCCCGGUAGUAAAACAGACCUCCAUGGCCAAGGGCAAGAAUGGAUUCGCCGAUCUAGACAAAGCGUUGCAGGACGUCAAGUAUUCGCUCGACAAGACCUCUAGCCCCCAGCAGGCCAGCAUCACAACAGCCACAACAAGCCAGAUUCCCUCCCCUGCCCAAAGCGUGUCAAACACUGCUCAGAGUCCUGUAACUGGGCCGAUAUCCAGUCGGACCCGACGUGCUCUGCAACUGUCGUCUCGCCCCGUCCAACGGUACGAAACGCCAGAGGAGGAAGACGAACUCCUUCAGGAGGUGCUGUACUCUACCUCCAACGCUGCCAGGCGGCUGCUUGCCGAUCACCCGGAGCCGCCUAGCGACGAACACUCAAACACAUACCCAUUCGUCGACACUGACUGUGACACAUCAAUGCAUAACAAUACCCCAUCAAUACGGACAGUGGAUGACAGCUGUCGAGCAGGCCACAACCCGUACCCUACCCCGUCUCCGACUGCCAGACGAGACGGGCUGGGCAUGAACAUGGGUAUGAACAUGGGCAUGGGUAUUGGCCUUGCGCUGACUCCUGACGAAACGCCCUCGAAACAAUUGGCCAAGGGAUUUGUCACCACCAACGUAGGGAACCGACAAGGUCCCACGCCUCCGUACGACGACAAUCAAUGGCCUAGCGCUGUUGGUGUAGGUGGCUUUCGAUAG